CUGACGACGAUGGUAUUCUGCACCGAGGACAUGACCACAGGGUUGAGAGAUGCUUUCACUUAUUGUUACAAAUGCAAAGGCAGAAAAGUUACCCUUUCAGAUUACGAAGACAAUGAUGACGACAAGCUCAUCAACGAUUUCAACUACGACCAUGAAGUUGUUGUUUUCGAGAUCAGAAGUCGAGCAAUUGAGAAACUAAGGUAUAAGCCAAAGAUAGCCAUGGAGAGACUAACUUACAAUUCAACAAAGGAAAGCAACAUAGAGAAGGAAGAUGAAAGCGAGUUUUGCUCAGUGGAAAGCGAUUUCUCGGAAUGUUGUCAGAGUGAAGGAUACAUGACGGCAAAAACUGAGUUCUCGAGGUGUUCGAGCUUGAAAGGUGAAGAGUUGGAGAAUCAAUGGAAGAUGUAUUACGUGAAUGAAAUUAGAAAAGGAUCAGUGAUUCAAGAGUUGUGUCAUUGCCAAGGAUGGCCAUUUGGUUUAGGAAGAAAAGCUACUAUGCUUCCACCACUUCCUAAGUCUCCUGCAGAGUCUUGGUCAUGGAGGAAACCUAAUAGAGUUGCUCCAAUGCCUUUUACUUGA